GCCAUAGUGUGCAAUGUCUUUCGAUUUACCUGGUUUAUCCAUGUACUUUUUGUCCUGUUUAGGUUACCCCCGCAUGCAUGUGCAAGGGGAACAUGUGACGGAACUGAAGACAGCAAUUGAAUACGCUUAUAGGAAAACAACUCCAAUGCAAGAACUGUGUGAACUUCAACCGCGCGAAUUCGAUCCUGAAAGGAGUCCUCGAAGGACCGAAAGCAUACCAAAUACGUACAAUACGGUAUUUCGCUCACAAUCUUCAAUCAGCAGUGAGCGAGGACAAACUACUUGCGCUGUGUAUGCAAACCUUCCAUGCUUAGAAGAAGAAAAGCAAUGGGAAUUCCCCAAGAACAAGCUUCAUAUAGAAAAGUAUGUUGGCAAGGGUGCAUUCUGCGUGGUUGCUCAAGCCCGUGCUGAAGGACUGGGAACUGUGGCUGUCAAGAUUCCGAAAGAAAACUCUCCAGAUUCAAACAAGGAAGACUUGUUAGCAGAAUACGAACUCAUGAGACAGCUUCAACAUCAUCCUAAUAUAAUUCGCCUGAUGGGCGCAGUGACAAUGUCAGAUCCAGUAAUGGUUCUCUUCGAGUAUAUACCAUUUGGUGAUCUUCUCGGUUACUUAAGAAGAUCCAGAGGCCUCAGUGACAAUUACUAUAAAGAUCCCGAUGUUAAACCAUCAAGUUCUCUUUCAUCCAAACAGCUUCUUAAAUUUUCUCGAGAAAUUGCUGAUGGUAUGGCUUUCCUGUCAGCAAACAAGAUAGUUCACCGCGACCUAGCGGCCAGAAACGUACUUGUAGGCGAGGAAGAAACAUGCAAAAUAACAGACUUUGGGAUGGCCAGAGAUGUACAAGGAGGUGAUAUUUACCAAAAACGGUCAAAGGGUCGCCUCCCAGUAAAGUGGACUGCAGUGGAGGCAUUGCUGUAUGGUUCCUACACUACAAAGAGUGAUGUUUGGAGCUAUGGAAUUGUAUUGUACGAAAUCUUCACCAUAGGAGGUCGUCCAUACCCCACGGUUCCAGCUCACAACAUCCCCUAUAAGAUAAAGGGUGGUUACAGAAUGCCUAAACCUGCCCACUUAGACGAUGACAUCUAUGCGCUGAUGUCUGAAUGCUGGGAUAUGGAGCCGGACCGCCGUCCGACAUUUGAUUCUAUUAGCAGAACAGUCAAACGGCUUGAGCACGGUCGCAAGGAAAUUAUUUACAUGAAUGUUUACAACGACAAUCUUUAUAGUAACCUGGAGGACUGGGACGAGUAAUGACAAGGAUAGAGAGAGAAUUCAUAUUGAUAGAGGGAAACUUUUGUUGCACCCAUUCUAAGCACUUGUACCUUGUUACUAGAAGACUAUUUUUUUUCCUGUCCUGCUUCUUUUCCUGUUUUUUUUUUCUUUUUCUUUUUGGCGAGAGUUUUUUUACCAUAGGUUGCGAUGCUAACAGAUAACUUACUCUUUUAGCUAUUCAUUAUUUGAUUUUUAAGGAAUAUAUUAUACCUGCAGUAUAGUAUAGUAUAGGUGAGAGGGAGUGGCUACCUGGAGGUGGUGGAGUAGUGUGAGACAUUUUCUUGUGGGUUCAACGUUUUAAAUCUCUAAAGAACCAUCGUAGCAUAUAGAUGAUACGUGAUGUGCUUUUCAAACAAAAAGCAUGAUUCAAAUUUUGCUAAGCAAAGUUGAUCAUGUCUGAAGCUUCUAGAGGAGCGUUCCUCGUUCUCAUGAAACGCGUUAGCUAUCGUAUCAUGGUUGUUGGCACAAUAUGGCCCUUACCGCUAUGGCGAAGUCGCCGUUGUAGAUAUGUUAAAAUAGGAGAGGAUGCAUUGAAUGAUCGCCCAAAAGAAGCUUAGCUUUCUAAAUAAGCAAUCGUUAAUAGAGACCCGAAGGGAACUGAAGUGUAAAUAAGUGACAAGGAAAGUAACAUUUUUCGAGUUAAUUUCUUUGUAAUUUCUGACAUUUAACUAUAUGAUAUAACUUGUUUAGGUAAAAAAAGUACGAAACAAAGGUAUGGUAUCUUGGUAUCUUGAAUGUAAGUCCACUACACUUUUACUAUACCCCACCUAUGCCAAACCUGAAAAUUAUGACCAACCUACGUUAGCGGUGUAGCGCCCUUAACAACUGAGUCAAAAGGCCAGCCACAUUCAAUCGCUUCGAGGCCUUCUUAGUUUCAUUUUAAACUAAAAUAGACGCUAGUAUUUCUGAAUUUUACUACAAAAGUUACACUAGAUAUUUUUUGUACCCACUGUCACCUGUUAAUUGAAUCAAUGUAUACGAUGGGUUCAAAUUUUCUUUUCUUUUGUUCUUGGGUAUUGUAAUGUAUGAUAAUGAGUUUGAAACAAAGGAAAAUAAAAUUUGAAUCAUGGAUAAAAUUGAACCGCAACACAUCCAUCACUAACGCCAUCAAUCUAAGGGCGUCUAUUCCUACCUUUAAGUGUAUAGAAGCCUUCUAAGAAUGCUUGCCAAACACUAUCCAAUUUAAAUAUACUUUGAAAUUAAAUAAUAUUUUGUCUA